UGGCGUGUAGUGAUGAUGAGGAUAGUCCGGGAUCCACAGCGCCGCUCCGUCGUACGCCUGACUCGCCUGCAGAAGAGUCUCUAUUACUAUCAUCAGAUGAACAUCCAAAGAGACUGCUGUCACAGAAGAUGGAGACACAGAAGUCGGUAGACCUGGACGACGUGCUGGUGGGCGAGCUGGGCCAGUUCGGGCGGUACCAGCUGCGGACGAUGCUACUGCUGGUGCCGCCGCUGCUCAUGUCCGCGUUCCUCAGCGAGUUCAUAUUCUCUGCCGCGGCGAUACCACACAGAUGCCGAAUAUCAGAGUGUGGUGAGGAAUCUCCCUUGGAUCUGUUCGAGCCGGAGUGGAUAGACAAUGCGGUGCCGCGGUCCGGCUCGGGGCUGGCCAGCUGCGCCCGGUACCAGCCCGUCGGUGCCAACGGUACCACAAACUAUUGCCCUGAGAGUCUCUUCGAUCAAAACAACACUGUAGGCUGCGAAGGAUUCGUCUACGCCCGAGACAACUCCGUUGUGUAUGAGUUUGAUCUCGGUUGCAAGGAUUGGCUACGAGUGUUAUCGGGUAGUUUCCACAGCGUGGGCUUUCUCCUGACACUCCCUCUCACCGGCUACAUCUCGGACCGCUUCGGUCGCAAGUUUGCGCUUGUCCUCAGCAUUUCCAACAUGGCGGUGAUAGGAUUGAUCAAAGCCUUCUCCAUUAACUACCCUAUGUAUAUGGCACUGCAGUUACUGCAGCCGACGCUCGGAGGAGGAAUAUUUACCACUGGAUACGUAAUAAUGACGGAGCUCGUGGGUCCAAAAUAUCGAGUUCUAGCGAGUUCCACCGCUACGUCAGUGUACUCCGUGGGUCAGGUAGUGAUGGGCACCGUGGCAUGGGUCGUCCAGCCCUGGAGAUACUUCAUCAUGGCGCUGCAUAUUCCUCCGUUCCUGCUCCUCUCCUACUACUUCAUACUCCCGGAGAGCAUGCGGUGGCUGCUAUCCAAGAGAAAAUUCAAGGAGGCUAAAUCAAUUUUAUUGAAAGUCGCCAAAGUCAACAAGACCAGUGUCAGCGAGAGAAGUUUAGAAGCUUUGACCAACCCAAAUUCAACAAAGCAUUCUCAGAAAGCGCCACCAAAUCUUUACAAGUCAAUCAUCAGGUCCCAGAUCAUGCUGCGUCGGGUAUGCACUACUCCGGUCUGGUGGAUCAGCGGCAUCUUCAUCUUCUUCGGCCUCUCCAUUAACUCCACUACGCUCUCUGACACCAUGUACCUGAACUACAUUCUCACCUCUACCAUCGAGAUCCCCGGGUUCUUCCUGCCGCUGCUCCUGUUGGAUAGAAUUGGUAGACGAGCGACUCUAUCGGGCGGUUUUUUCUUCAGCUCCACGUGUAACUUGGCGUAUAUAUUUAUUCCGAGUGGUCUAACCGCACUUCGCCUCACAAUAUUCCUGCUUGGAAAGUUCGGCGCGGCAGUGGUGGUUAACAGCCUGUACCUAUACACGUCGGAGCUGUACCCGACCGCGCACCGCCACAGCCUGCUCAGCCUGUCCUCCAUGCUGGGACGAGUGGGAUCCAUCACUGCGCCGCUCACGCCUGUAUUGGGUAACUACUGGCACGGUCUCCCCUCCCUCCUGUUCAGCAUUAUGGGGGUGAUAGCCGGUCUGCUGGUUCUGACGCAGCCGGAGACGCUCGGACAAAAGCUGCCUGACACCAUAGAGGAGGCGGAGGCGCUUGGCAGAAAGAACAAAUAACUACUUGUAUACUUAAACAUUUUUGAAAGUGUUGAAAUGUUAAUUGUUUUCUCUA